AUGGGAGCCCCUUGCCUGGCUCCUGGCCUCAUCCAACCUCUCUCCUGGUCUCCUGUCCUUCUCACACCCAUCUCCUGGCAGGUGCUGUCCCUGGGCGCUGACGUCCUUCCUGAGUAUAAGCUGCAGGCACCACGCAUCCACCGAUGGACCAUCCUGCACUACAGUCCCUUCAAGGCUGUGUGGGACUGGCUUAUCCUUCUGCUGGUCAUCUACACAGCUGUCUUCACCCCCUACUCGGCUGCCUUCCUGCUCAAUGAGGAGCAAGUGGAGGAGAAGCACUGGGACUGCAGCUACUCCUGUGACCCACUCAACAUCAUUGACCUCAUUGUGGACAUCAUGUUCAUUGUGGACAUUGUCAUCAACUUCCGUACCACCUAUGUCAACAUCAAUGACGAGGUUGUGAGCCACCCUGGCAAGAUCGCCAUCCACUACUUCAAGGGAUGGUUCCUCAUCGACAUGGUCGCCGCCAUCCCCUUUGACCUGCUCAUCUUCCGCUCUGGCUCUGAUGAGACCACCACCCUCAUUGGCCUCCUGAAGACUGCCCGGUUGCUGCGCCUGGUCCGUGUGGCCCGCAAGCUGGACCGCUACUCUGAGUAUGGAGCAGCCGUGCUCUUCCUGCUCAUGUGCACCUUCGCCCUCAUCGCCCACUGGCUGGCCUGCAUCUGGUACGCCAUCGGCAAUGUGGAACGGCCCUACAUGGAGCACAAGAUCGGCUGGCUGGACAACCUGGGUGACCAGAUCGGCAAGCGCUACAAUGACAGCGACCUCUCCUCUGGCCCGUCCAUCAAGGAUAAAUACGUCACUGCCCUCUACUUCACCUUCAGCAGCCUCACCAGUGUGGGGUUUGGCAAUGUCUCGCCCAACACCAACUCCGAGAAGAUCUUCUCCAUCUGUGUCAUGCUUAUUGGCUCUCUGAUGUAUGCCAGCAUCUUCGGCAAUGUCUCUGCUAUCAUCCAGCGCCUGUACUCGGGCACAGCCCGCUACCACACGCAGAUGCUGCGGGUCAAGGAGUUCAUCCGCUUCCACCAGAUCCCCAACCCCCUGCGCCAGCGCCUGGAGGAGUAUUUCCAGCAUGCCUGGUCCUACACCAACGGCAUCGACAUGAAUGCGGUGCUGAAGGGCUUCCCCGACUGCUUGCAGGCAGACAUCUGCCUCCACCUCAACCGCACGCUGCUCCAGAACUGCAAGGCUUUCCGAGGAGCCAGCAAAGGCUGCCUGCGCGCCCUGGCCAUGAAGUUCAAGACAACCCACGCUCCGCCUGGAGACACCCUGGUGCACUACGGAGAUGUCCUCACCACACUCUACUUCAUCUCCCGGGGUUCCAUCGAGAUCCUCCGGGAAGACAUUGUGGUGGCCAUCUUAGGGAAGAAUGACAUCUUUGGAGAGCCCAUCAGCCUCUACGCCCGCCCAGGGAAGUCCAACGCUGACGUGAGGGCCCUGACCUACUGCGACUUGCACAAGAUCCAGCGGGAGGACCUGCUGGAGGUCUUGGACAUGUACCCAGCCUUCUCUGACAACUUCUGGAGCAACUUAGAGAUCACCUUCAACCUGCGAGAUGCAGACAGCGUUCCCCGCUCACCGCUCAGCGAGGAGUAUGACUGCACCUACCGGCGGGCGCGCCGACGCAAGCACUCCCUUUGCCAGCCCAACAAGCCUGACCCAGACACAGGCAUCUCUGAUGCAGAGCAGUAUCACACCUACUCAGAGCUCACCAACCCGCAGGACCUGCUGAGUAAGGACCAGUGGGAUGACCUGGGCAGCAGCACCACUCCCUGCUCCCAAACCAGUGAUGAUGAGGUCAAGAUUGGCAGUCCUACAAAAGCUGAGCCCUUCCCCACAUCCAGAAAGGAUGACUUUGCUCUGCCCACGCUCAGCCUCGUCACCACCAGCGCCGGCGGCACCGAGGUUGGCAAGCAGGCAGCGGAGAGCAGCCAGUCCUACACAGCCACCCCCCUGGACAUCCCCAACAUGUUCACCUUCUGGGAGGACCAAAGGCCAAACCACCACCCGGAGCCUCUGCAACACAUCUCCUUGGUACACAGCUCGCGGGACAUCCCCCUGCACAGCGACUACAGACCAGGGCAGAUUGAGUCCAGGCUGGAGCUCCUGCAGGCCCAGCUCAGCAGGCUGGAGUCCAGGAUGUCGUCAGACAUUAAUAUAAUCCUCCAGCUCCUGCAGCGCCAGCUGUCCCAAGUGCCGCCCGCUUACAGCCCCAUCUCACCGUCCUCCCACAACCUGGCCAUGUACAGCAUCCUCCCACGGAGCCUGGAGCCGCUCGCCCCCUGCGCACCCCUGGAGAACGAGGAGCCGACGACCCCAGAGCAGAGGCCAAGCUACACGGAGGUAGAAAAGUUCCACAUGAAAUCCAGGGACUCCUUGUCAAGCGGGAUGCACCUCACUGUGGCAUCUGACGAAACCAUGGCGGUCUACUCUGAGCAGGAGCACCAUUCCCCACCUCUCCUGAAUCCAGAGCCUCCCCACCAAAGGGCACCAAAUACCCAGGGACUCUUCCGGGGCUCUCGUUUCCCUUCCCUCCCUGAGCACUUGGAGGCAUCUCCCGAGCACCAGGACAUUCAGAGACACCUCUCCGACCCAGUGCUUCCUGGAAGUUAG